GUUUACAAAAAAUGUCAACAUGUUUAAUGAACUGUAUCUUUUUCCCAGGCAGUAACGAUAAAAAUGAUAAGUAGCUGUUUUUGUAGCCACGACUACACGCUAAGAAAAAACCUACCAUUAAACAUAUUCACUUUGGUAAAAGUGUGACAACUAACCCCUAUCUCGUCUAUUUAUUAAACACUUUAAAGGCGCUUUUAUCCACGUAUUCGCUUACAUAUCGUCGUAUCCAAGUGUCUCCACACUCCAUUCCAGAGAAGGGGCUGGACUCCGCUCCGUGUUUUGCUCCCUCACUGCUCUAUACAUCGCGUCUCCUCACUCCUGCAUUGCUGUAGCAGCAGAUGUUCGCGCGCUGAAGCCAAUAUCCACCGUUCUCUUUACCGGAGCAAGUGUUCUGCAGCGGAGAGUGAGAAGACGAAGAAGAGUGAGGACGUUUGCUCGUUCUCUUCACACGUCUGGAGUGUGUGUAUGUGGGUGAGUGAGCUGAAGAAAUUGGAGUCGCGUCUUUAUUUACCACACCUGUGAUGCGCUGCUGUCUCUGAGCAACGAAGACGCACUGAUGGCCAAGGUACAGGAAGAGGAUAUGUGUUGAAAGAGGACUUCUAAAUGCGCUGAUCGGUGUAAUAUCACAAAAACUAAACCCAGACAGACAGCAUACACUCCUCGCACUUCAUUCAGCAGAUAUUACUGACUUAAACUUGAACGAGAAGGUGAUAAAGAUGCCGUUACACCUGGGUCCCUUUGUCCGCUGGAGAUCCGGGCUUGUACUCACAUGGAUCUGCUUGUUUUCGUCCGGAUUUACCUUCACUGGUGGAGAGCAUGCGGCCACUGUAACGCAUCCGCUUCCUGCAGCCUUCUCCGACCUGCUGCCACACUUCCUGGUGGAGCCUGAUGAUGUUUAUAUCGUUAAGAACAAGCCGGUGACCCUCACCUGCCGCUCGACCCCUGCCACUCAGAUCUACUUCAAGUGCAACGGCGAAUGGGUUCACCAGGAUCAGCACUUGAUCGAGCGUGACGUGGACCCUGCCACAGGGCUGCCGGUGAUGCAGGUGAAGAUUGACAUCUCCAGACAGCAGGUGGAGAAGAUCUUCGGUCUGGAGGAUUACUGGUGUCAGUGUGUGGCCUGGAGCACUACGGGAACCCAGAAGAGCCAAAAGGCAUAUGUGCGCAUCGCCUAUCUGAGGAAGAACUUUGAAGAGGAACCGCUGGGUAAGGAAGUGGCACUGGAUCAGGAAGUCCUUCUGCGCUGUCAUCCUCCUGAAGGUGUUCCUCCUGCAGAGGUGGAGUGGCAGAGGAAUGAGGAGCUGAUCGACCCCAAGACUGACCCCAAUUUCUUCAUCACCGUGGACCAUAAUCUCAUCAUCAAACAAGCCCGCCUGGCCGACACAGGCAACUACACCUGCGUGGCCAAGAACAUUGUGGCUCGACGAAAGAGCUCCUCGGCUACCGUGAUUGUCUACGUGAACGGUGGCUGGUCCACGUGGGCCACAUGGUCGGCCUGCAGUGCUGUCUGUGGUCGGGGGUGGCAGAAGAGGAGCCGGAGUUGCACCAACCCCACUCCCCUGAACGGCGGGACGUCCUGCGAGGGCCAGAGUGUCCAGAAAAGCGCCUGCACUGCCACCUGUCCAGUGGACGGAGGUUGGAGCGAGUGGAGUAAGUGGUCGCCAUGCGGAGCCGACUGCACCAUGUGGAGGAGCAGGGAAUGUACCCAACCUACACCCAGCACUGGUGGGAAGGAAUGCCAAGGCCUUGAUCUUCAGUCCCUCAACUGUACCAGUGAGCAGUGCCCACAGACGGCAUCAGGUGCUGAGGAUGUGGCCUUGUACGUGGGGAUCGUGGCGGUGGCUCUUUGUCUGACUCUGCUGCUGAUUGUACUGGUGCUGGUCUACCGCAGAAAGAAGGAAGGUCUCGAUGCAGAUGUGGCAGACUCCUCCAUCCUCACCACUGGCUUCCAGCCCAUGGGCAUCAAGCCCACCAAGCCAGGUGUGUGGGCACCGCGCAGGGCAGCCCGCAGCAAAAACUCUCAUUUGCUCACCAUCCAGCCCGAUUUGACCACCACCACCACAAGCUACCAGGGAACGCUGAGAUCUCGCCACGAAGUCGCCGGGAAGUUCUCCGUGAGCAACGGCCCCCUCCUGGAGCCUCUUCCUAACGGCUCCCACACGCUGCACAACGGCAAACUGCCCAGCGACCCCAACGACUUCAUGAACCGCCUGUCCUCGCAGACGUAUUUCAAAACGCUCCCGAGAGACAACGUCAACACCUCCUACGGCACUUUCAAUUUCCUGGGUGGCCGCUUAACCCUCCCCAACACCGGAAUCAGCCUGCUCAUCCCGCCAGAGGCCAUUCCCAGAGGGAAGAUUUAUGAGAUUUAUCUCACCAUUCAGAAGAAGGAAGACAUGAGAUUGCCCCUGGCUGGGUGUCAGACGUUGCUGAGUCCCUUGGUGAGCUGCGGCCCGCCCGGUGUGGUGCUCACCCGGCCGGUCAUCCUCAGUAUGGACCAUUGCUCUGAUGCGUGCCUGGAGAAUUGGGCCAUCCGUCUCAAGAAGCAGUCAUAUGAGGGAUCGUGGGAGGAUGUACUUCAGCUUGGUGAGGAAGUGGUUUCGGAGCCGUACUACUGCCAGCUGGAGGCGGAGACGUGCCGGGUGUUCACUGAGCAGCUGGGCCGAUUUGCUCUGGUCGGGGAGUCCCUCAGCAUGGCUGCCGCUAAACGCCUAAAACUUCUGCUGUUUGCUCCCGCCUACUGCUCCACGCUCGAGUACAACAUCCGCGUCUACUGCAUGGACGACACACAGGACCUGCUAAAGGAGGUGAUGCAGAUGGAAAGACAGCUGGGAGGUCGACUGAUUGACGAGCCUCACGUCCUGCUCUUCAAAGACAGCUACCACAACCUGCGCCUCUCGAUUCACGACAUGCCCCAGGCACACUGGAGGAGCAAGCUACUCGCCGGCUAUCAGGAGAUCCCAUUCUAUCACAUCUGGAGCGGCUCUCAGCGGACCCUGCACUGCACCUUCACACUGGAGAGACAGAGCCUGAGCACCUGUGAUCUCACCUGCACGCUGUGUGUGUGGCAGGUAGAAGGAGAAGGACAAAGCUUCGCCCUGGACUUCAACAUUUCAAAGGACAUCAGACCACUGGACUCUGAUUUCCUGUUAAUGGACAACUGCACCCCUGCCCUGGCUGGUCCGAGCGCAUUCCAGAUCCCUUACCUCAUCCGACAGAAGAUCUGCAGCAGUCUGGACACCCCCUGUCCCAAUGGAGCAGACUGGAGACUACUGGCCCAGAGACUGAAGCUUGACAGGCACAUGAGUUUCUUUGCAUCCAAAGCGAGCCCCACAUCAGUGAUUCUGGACUUAUGGGAGGCCCAGCACUUCCACAGCGGUAAUCUCAAUCAGCUCGCCGCUGUGAUGGCUGAGAUUGGCAAGCAGGAGGCCAUGAUAUUCCUGGUGUCAGACGGGGAGUGCUGACACAUUAAAACUGGAGCACGGCGGCCGUCUCUGAGUGAUGGGGUGGGGGAAGGACACGACCCUCUGCCCGCCCCACCAUAGAUGAGAAACAAAUCAAAGAACAGGGUUUACCCAACUAUAUGAGGCCACUUCCCCAGUGAAUAGGGAAUAAAGAAAAAUAAAUAAAUAAAAAAACAAAAAAAACAAGACCAGGCUCAGGAGGAACCUGGCAGGGCUUUUAGAUGUACUGUGACUGAGACAAAUGCCCCUUUUCUCAGAACAAAAAUCCAUUUGUUUUGAAAAUAAUGGUGUAUAGAAAAUUCCAGAUUCUGUGAUUCUGGUCCUGCCCUCAAUCACUGACCAAUAUGUACUUUCUAACCGCAUUUGUGUUAGGCGCAUUGAUAUAUUAAUAUCAGACUGGAAACUAAAACGAAUCAGUUUGAAAAAUAUCAAGCGGAAAAUGUACGCCAUGUAGGUAAGGUGAAGAUUUUGCGAACUAAUUCAGAUUUGUGACAUGCAUUUUGUAAAUGUGUACCAUUUAGCAAUAUGCAAACACACAUAUCGAUGACAAUUUCCUUUGGCCGACACGUUUCUUACCUCACGAAGCAUUUAAAAUUUUAGAGCGUUUGCUAAAUUUCAGGUCGAAAACGUUAAGGAAGUAAAGCGCAUUUUUUGGGAGCCAUCACUUGUUCCUCUGCCCCUGUGCACUUAACGUGUGUGUUCGAACUCAUGAAGCCAUAAAGUCCAAAAUUCACCUCAGUGCAACAAUAGAUGUUCUGAUCCGGGUGGAUAAUCUGUAAAGAAGCACAGGAUUCUGUGGAUGUUUAGCUGCUGAAGGAUGGGUGAUCAGGGACCUCAAACGAUUUGCUAGCUGUUUUGAAGAACAUUACGUUUGUUGUUGCUUUCAACAGACUUUUGAGAAUAGAGAUCAGAUGUUCUGCAAAGCAUUUUUCCACAGCCCUCUUAUGGCAAUGAAACCCUUUCAAGGCAAGAAUUCUCAUUUGAAUUUCAUUUUGAUGGAGUCCAUAGAAUUAGAAAGGAGAGAGGAAGGCACCCUAAAGUUACCCAUUGGAAAGGUUUUCGUCUUUUAUAAACCGAAAAUGCAAUACUACCAAAUGUUUCAUUGCUAUUCUCCUUCAUAUUUAAUGAGCCUAUGUUUCUCUGAAAGCCAUUUUGGCUUGAGGGCAAUUUCUUAUUCGCAGGAGAGAGAAUAUUUUCAUCACCCCCCAAAAAGCAAAUGUUCCAUCUAAGAAAACUUCAUCGACACUCAGCAGCUGUCGUAUUUUUCUAAAUUCCUCCAUCGCACGAGUGGUUUGUUUCUGCAUAACUGUCACACCCUGUAGAACGGCGACACGCGUUUGGCGCCAUGAAUGUGCAUUACACAGUUUGAAGAUUGUCAGAUUUUUCCGUGUGUGUUUGAAUGUGAGAGUAUUUCAUUCCAAAUGAAGGAUGAUUUGUGAAAAACUGUGGAUCACAAAUUGGCCGCUUUCAUCUUAGCCAGUAAUGACGGUCACGUCUGGAGAUGAUUGGAGGAGUCCUGCACGUUCUCUCCGCAGCAAGUGGAAAUACACAGGCCUGUUUCACUCAGCUAACGGAGAACUCAAGUUAAAGGCCAAAUUGUGCACACAAUGUUUUUUUCAUGCUUUUUGUAUCAUACGUUUCCUUAAGGUUUCACUUUCUGUUAAACAGUUAACCAUUCAGCUAUUUUCUUUGUCAUGUCUUGUAGAUAAGUACUUUUCAUGACGCAUCUCUGCGCAACCAAAGUGUAUGAGCCAUCUGGAAGCAUUUCUUUCAUAUCUAUGCCAGUUGUGGUUUAAUUUUUGAUUUUAUAAUUCUUCUUUUUUUAGAAUGCAUUUGGAAUUCCUAAAUUUAAAGGAGAAGUUUACCCAAAAAUGAAAAUUCUGUCAUUAAGUAUUCACCCUCAUGUCUUUUCAAACCUGUAAGAGCUUUAUUCAUCUUCAGAACACAAAUUAAGAUUUUUUUUUAAUCAAAUCCGAGAGCUUUCUGACCCUGCAUAGACAGCAACACAACUGACACAUUAACAUUGUUCAAAUACAUUCAACUGUAAUAUUCAACUCUAAUAACAAAAUUUAAAAAAAAAUCAACAAUUGCUUAUUUACCGUCAGUCUUCGUUCACGAGAGUACCACGAUUGCUAUCUAUUGAGGGUCAGAAAGGGUCAGAAAGGAGUCAGAAAGCUCUUGGAUUUCAUCAGAAAUAUCUUAAUUUGUGUUCUGAAGAUGAACGAAGGUCUUACGGGUUUGAAACUACAUAAAGGUGAGUAAUUAAUGACAGAAUUUUCGGGUGAACUAUCCCUUUACCAUGCAUCUAUUUUUCUUUUAAGAUCUCAUUGUGCAAAGUUGUUCAUUUUGAGCAUUUCACUGGUAAAACGAUUUAAAUAUUUAAUACAGCACUUUGUAAAGUAAUUGUAAAUGAUAUUUUAAUAACAAGCCAAAAAAAACAAGACAACUGACGUAACAUUUGUCGAAGUAUAACCUGUGAAGUGUUUGCCUACUGUUCAUUGGUUAUAUAGCACUGAGUUCAUUCUUUCUGCAGUGUUUGCGGUUUAGACUGUUUUCGCCAUAAGUUUGUACACCGUCGUUUUGUUUCGUCCUGAGGCUGUUGGUUUAUGGUUAAUCGAUCGUCAGCGCUACGAAAAAUGAUGCACCAGUAAAUUAUACUUCUGUCAGAGUUAUUUAGACGAGGGUUUGGUGCAGAAUUGUCAAAUUCCUAACACUCAGGUUUACAAACAGUUUGGUUGAAACAGACACGUUGCGCAUAUCUAAACAUUACUGAGUGCGUAGCAAAAUGAAUUUCUCAUCGCUGUUGUUACUUCUCACUGACACAGAAAUCAUUCCAACAGCCUGCUCACAAAGCAAAGUCAGCUUCUAACACCGAAUAAAGCAGAUGCCAUGAUAUUCACUGAAAGAACCACCGAUCUUUCUUCAUGACUGUACAUUUCGUCAGCCUCAUUCAUAGCUGUUCUGUGUAAAUGAAUGUGUGAGUGUGCUAUUUCUUUCCACUGACUUUCUUUUUGAACUGAAAACCGUAGAAUUGUGUACCUGUGAAUGUUCAAUUCGAUUUCUUAAUUCAAUGUUCCUUGCCUUUCUGCAAGUCAAAAUGCUGUAUUUAUUACAUGCCACAGCGCUUAUGCAAUUGUACAAUUCUUUUCUAUUAUUAUUAUUAUUCUUUUUUUCGUUUUCUUUUUUGGUAAAGUUACAUUUCAUUUUUCUCGUCAAUGUAAAUUGUCGUCGAUGAUUUUGUGGUAAUAGGAAGCCCUCUUCUGCGGAAGGUUUUCUGUACUUUUUGGACAAUGAUAUGGAUUUGUGGGUAGAAUUUUGGAAAUUCGUUUCUAAGUGCUUUCAAGUAUUUACUUGGCCUUAUGUAUAUAUCUCUCUAUGAAAUUUCAGAAAAGGUAUGUAUAGUAAUUGAACCUAAAA